CGGGUUUUUUGACCGAGAAAGGUAUCAAAGCAUAACGCCCACAAUAUCACAUUUAGAGGGGGCCACCAAAUCAGACAUACAGCCUUCAAAAUGUCGGAACAAAAACGAAAAGGCGCUCCCCGCUCUGACUCGAAUCCUGCCAAGAGGAAAAGGGCCGGAAACGCGGGCAAGUGGCAGACCCCUCAUCAGCGGUCCAAGACUGAUCAGCGGGGUGUGGUCGAGCCGGGCUACUCGGGCAUAUGGGUGACGUGCGCCAGAUCCCAGGAGGCCAAGGCCGCACGCGAGGUCCAGCUCCUAUUCGACGAGUACGCGGAGAAGUUGUACGGCGUGGCCCCUCGGGACGACGCCGCGGCCGAAGAUGAGGACGAGGACGAGGACAUCGAAGCGUCCAUCCAGAGGGAGCUGACGUCGAUGAAGCCCGAGAAUGGCAAUGGGAAGGCGCGCGACGAGGUCUUCACCGUCCUCCGCCAGAGCGUCGACUGUCUCCUGUUCGUCAAGACCAGGGAGCCCAUCGAGCCCGUCGAGUUUGCGCACCGCAUCUGCGUCGACGCCAAAGCCGCAGCCGACCCCAAGGCCAGACGCUCCAGGUAUCUCAACCGGCUCACGCCCAUCACCCUGGUCGGCCGUGCGUCGGACAAGGGUAUGCAGGAGGUGUGCGAGGGGGUGCUGCCGCAGUGGUUCGCCAUGAAGCGCGCCAAGGACGAGGGCGAGCAGCAGAAGACCGUGGAAGGCGCCACAGAAAAGACUGAGGAGUGCUCUGUCCCCGCUGCUGCUGCCGCUGACAACGAUGAGGAGAAGCCGGCAUACACGUAUGCCAUCCGGGCCACAACUCGUAACCAGUGCCCGCUUAAGCGAGGCGAUGUCAUCAAUCAGAUUGCAGGAAUGAUUGACGACCGCCACAAGGUCAAUCUCGGCAGCCCCGACAAGGUCAUAUUGGUCGAUAUGUACCAGAAAAUUUAUGGCAUGAGCGUGGUCGACGGCGACUGGGAUGGCCUCAAGAGGUACAACAUAUCAGAGCUCUACAGCCAGGCCGGGUCCGAAGCAAAGGAGCCUAAGGAGGAGCAAGGCGGAUCCUCUGACACGCCCGCCACCGAAAAUGCGGCCCAAGUUGUGGACGCGAAGAAUGCAGGUUAGGUCGGGCGAUAGGCUUGUUGUGGAUAGGUAAAUAAUGUAUCUGAUCGUCUUACAAGUCCGAGGAGGAUCGAGUGUUGGCGACGGGGCUUGGCACCCACUACUGCUGCUGUUGCCGCAUGCGUCUGCCUACACAGUACAUAUCUACCUCUUGUUUAUCUGAGCCUCACGUAGGCAGCCGAGUCGGCGACCACGCCGCUUGGGUCUUGUCGGCGGCAUUCUUCCCAAAUCGACGCUCGGUGUCGAAUAUGGAAGGUCAAUAUGGCCGCCUUGCUCACCCCCGCCAGGCACACCGCGGUGUUCCAUGUUGUGGGAGCUGUCAAGCGAGAGUACGGUAGAUGAUUCCCAUCUGGCCCCCGCGUUGCAAACGGCGGCUGUCGAUGUUGGCCCCCUGGUGCU